AGGAAGGAGAGAAAGAAAAAAAGAAAGAAAAGAAAUUGCUUUCCGACACUGAAAUUUGGACUUUGCCUUUCUCUCUCUAUCACAUGCUGCAAUUUGCUUUACUGGAGAAAACAGAAAAAGAGGCUGAUAAUCUGGAAGAUUGUUUGGACUGUCCUGGACUGCACUUCCACCUUUGGAAGGUUGGACUCUCACCUGGCUGAUGAAUUAACCUGUCCCUGAGAUUGUUCUCUUGGAGACAUCACCAGUCUGAGGAAGGACAUGGCCUCCAUUUCUUACAUCCUACGAGCCUGGAUUUUGCUCUUCCUUCAUGGCUGCGUCACAGGUUAUCCUAAGCAAACACGCUCCGUGUCAGCAGACACAAGAAACUGUAUGGUUAACCCACCGUACUUGCCACCUACGGCGAUUGUGACUAGCGAGCGGCUGAAGGCCCUGCGUGAGCGCAUGAGAACGCACAAUCUGACAGCCUAUAUUGUGCCUAACACUGAUGCACACCUGAGUGAAUACAUUGCAGAACGGGACAAGCGACUCACUUGGAUGUCGGGUUUUUCAGGAUCGUCUGGGACUGGCGUGAUCACCCUGCAGAAAGCUGUUCUCUUCACGGACAGCCGGUACUGGAUCCAGGCGGAGCGUCAGAUGGACUGCAAUUGGGAGCUGCAGAAAUCAGUGUGGGUCACCGCUAUUGGACAAUGGCUACUCAAUGAAGUUCCUGCUGGGGAAACCGUUGGAUUGGACCCCUUCCUCUUUUCUGUCGACACUUGGGACAGCUAUCACCAGAUCCUGGAAGAUGCCAAUAGGAUCUUGAAAAUGCCUGAAGUGAACCUGGUGGACCUCGUGUGGGGCAGCGAGCGGCUUCCUCCGCCUACCAACACAAUCUAUCGCCUUACAGAUGACUUCAUUGGAAGUACCUGGCAAGAGAAGGUUGCCCACGCUCGGUCGCAGAUGGAGCAACACAGCAAGGAGCCCACAGCAAUUUUGCUCUCUGGUCUUGAGGAGACGGCAUGGCUCUUCAAUCUUCGAGGAGAUGACAUUCCUUACACCCCCGUCUUCUACGCUUACACUCUUCUCACCAAGACAGAUAUCAGUCUGUUUGUGAACCGCAGUCGGCUGAGCCCCGAAGCCCUCCAGAUGUUGACCGCAGGAUGUCCGGGAUCUCUGUGUGUGAAGGUGGAAGACUACGGCCGGAUAGGUGACAGCGUGAGAAAAUAUGCCCACCAAGAUGGCGUGAUGAUCUGGAUCGGAACAGAAUACACAACUCUGGGGCUUUACAAGGAGAUCCCUCAAGAAAACCUCUUAGAGGACGAUUAUUCUCCUGUCAUGCUCUCCAAGGCUGUCAAAAACUCCAAGGAGCAGAAGAUGAUGGAAGCUGCUCAUAUACGCGAUGCUGUGGCGCUGAUCCAGUAUUUGGUUUGGUUGGAAAAGAACGUGCCCAAGAACUCUGUGGAUGAGGUGUCUGGAGCACAUUACCUGGACACGCUACGAAGGGAAGAGCUCUACUGCCAGGGGCCGAGCUUUCAGACCAUCUCAGCUAGUGGCUUGAAUGCGGCCUUGGCUCAUUACAGCCCAUCCAAUUUUACCGCUCAAAAGCUGUCUCCCAAUGAAAUAUACUUAUUGGAUUCUGGGGGCCAAUAUUUUGACGGAACCACAGACAUCACUCGGACCAUCCACUGGGGGGAGCCCACAGCUUUUCAGAAGGAAGCCUACACAAGAGUGCUGAUGGGAAAUAUUGACUUGAGCAGGCUAGUCUUUCCACCCAGAACGUCAGGAAGAAUGGUGGAAGCAUUUGCCCGCCGGCCCUUGUGGGAAGCUGGACUGAACUAUGGCCAUGGCACCGGUCAUGGCAUCGGCAACUUCUUGUCUGUUCAUGAGUGUAAGUGGCAUGAAGGCCAGGUCAGACCACAUACAUGUCUUUGGCCGUUUGGUGACAGCAGAUCUGGUGGGGAAACCACCACUGGUCAGCGUCAGCCAGGAAUGGAGAAGCUGUGGCUUUCCAGGUGUUGCUACAACUGCUUUACAAGCUAGUGGGUCAGCUGAGAGUUGUACUUCUGCAGCAUCUGAAGGGCUUGUUUGGUCAUUUAAUUAUUCAAUUCAAUUCUAAUUGGCUCAAGGGUUUCUCCAGUCCUAGAGCAACACAGUAUGAUUUCAUGGAGAAAAGUUUGGGGCUUUUUUUAUACAUAUGUUUACUGAUAAAAGGGAAUAUCUGUAGCUCAGGGUUGAACUGUGUGGUCCUUUGUGUACUCUGAACUUCAUCGUUUUCUUGCAGAUGUUUCAUUGCCUAACUAAGUAACCUCAUCAGUACUAGAAGGGAGAGUGGUUUGCUGUCUGUUAGUAUACAAGUGGUUUGCCCUGUCAAUUAGCAACCCCAUCUUCAGAUAACAGAUAAUCAGAGUUGGAAGGGACCUUGUAGGU